ACGGGCGUGCGGGGAAUUUCCAGCCGGGGAGCACUCGGCCCCGGGAAGCGGAGAGAGUCCGCUGGGUGUAUGGAGUGGUGAGUGGCGGAGCGGGGCCAGCGGAUUGCGAGUGGGGAAUACAUUGUAACUUGUGUCGGAUACUUUGUUGUUGCAAGUUGUUACUUUGUAGCCGCUGGAGGAUCCUCUUGGAUGAUUCAUGAUGGCUGAAGAGGAUACCUAUCGUCUUGGAGUCCCUGAUAUUUAUGGUAUCGAUGAUUAUAAUGCUUUAGAAUUACCCAACGCCAUGUUUACUUCGCCAAUGGGUCCCACAGAUUCUCCACUGCAGACACCUGAUGGACCAUACCUACAGAUUCUAGAACAGCCCAAACAGAGGGGAUUUCGUUUCCGUUAUGGAUGCGAGGGACCAUCCCAUGGAGGAUUACCUGGUGCAUCGAGUGAGAAAAAUAAGAAAUCCUACCCUACUGUGAAGAUAUGCAACUACGUUGGACAGGCAAAGAUUGUUGUUCAGUUGGUGACCUUUGGGAAGGAUAGUGUGCAUCUCCAUGCUCACAGUCUCGUUGGCAAACAGUGUGAAAAAGGAAUAUGUUUAGUUCAAGUGGGUCCAAAGGAAAUGAUUUCAACAUUUCCCAACCUCGGUAUUCUACAUGUGACAAAGAAGAAUGUUGCCAGUACGCUCGAACAGAGAAUGACACAGGCUUAUGUGAUGGGUUAUAAUAAUGGAGUUGUAAUUCACCCAGAAUUAAACCAUCGACACAGCGAGGGUUACGGUCAAAGGGAACUCACAGAACGUGAAAAGGAGUUAAUCCAUCAGGCUUCCAUUCAGCAAGCAAAAGAAAUGGACCUGAGUGUGGUGCGUCUCAUGUUUACAGCCCUGCUUCCAGACAGCAGCUGUCGAUUUACACGUAAACUGGAACCUGUUAUUUCUGAUCCCAUCUACGACAGCAAGGCACCAAAUGCAUCAAAUUUGAGGAUUGUCAGAAUGGAUAAGACUGCUGGAUGUGUAGUUGGAGGAGAUGAAGUUUACCUACUGUGUGAUAAAGUUCAGAAAGAUGAUAUCCAGGUUCGAUUCUAUGAAGAGGAUGAAAACGGUGGAAUUUGGGAAGCAUUCGGGGAUUUUGGCCCAACAGAUGUUCACCGGCAGUUUGCUAUAGUUUUUAGAACGCCAAAGUACCGGGACGUGGACAUUUCCAAACCUGCGUCUGUGUUUGUACAGCUUCGUAGAAAAUCUGACAAUGAAACAAGUGAACCAAAGCCAUUCACCUACUACCCACUGAUUAAAGACAAGGAGGAGGUACAAAGGAAACGAUUGAAACUUUUACCAAAUUUCUCUGACCAUUUUGGAGGUGGAGCAGGUUCAGGAGGAGGUGGAGUUUAUGGAGGAGGCAGUGGAACAGGAGGGGGUUCCAAUUACUUUGCUGGAUUUCAAGGAUAUUCCAACUACAGUAGUUACACAUACACGCCCGGGACAACAAACUCUAGUGCUGGAAUGAAACACGCUGCCAGUUGUCCGACUGAGAAUUGCGAUUGUGUAAAAACAGCUGUGAGCUCCUUAUCCAGUGACCAGCCAACACCCCAGGCUGCAGCUAAAUCCACCGGGACCCUCAGUAACUCAGAUUCUGCAGAUCCAACAGUUACUGUCGAAGAAGCUGAAGCAAAUCAAUGCUUCCUCGAAAAAGCCUUAAGUCUUGCAGAAAGACAUGCCAGUGCCUUGUUGGAUUAUUCUGUAACUGGUGAUACCAAGAUGCUGCUUGCUGUUCAGCGCCACCUUACUGCAGUUCAGGACCAAAAUGGAGAUACAGCUUUACAUCUUGCAAUUAUUCAUUUCCAAUCUGGAGUGGUUCAACAUCUUUUGCAAGUUAUUAUCAGCCUUCCCGGACAAGAUAUCAUCAACAUGAGGAACUAUCUUUAUCAGACACCAUUGCACCUGGCGGUUGUUACAAGACAGGCCAAGGUGGUGGAGUUAUUGCUUCAAGCUGGAGCUGACAUGGGUCUCCUGGAUUGCCAUGGGAACUCUGUUCUACACCUGGCAGCACAGCAGGGAGAUGUGAACGUGCUCAAUGUCCUCCUCAGCAAAAAGAACAAGACUCUACUAGAACUCCUCCAUUUGCCAAAUAAUGCAGGUUUCAAUGUAGUUCACCUGGCUGUAUUAGCGAACAGUCUGUCGUCACUGAGGCAGCUGAUUGCAGCCGAUGUUGAUGUGGAUUCCCUGGAGCAGCAAGCAGGUCGCACUGCACUCCAUCUCGCAGUCGAACAGGAAAACAUCUCCUUGGCCGGCUGUCUCCUCCUGGAGGGCAGUGCAGAAGUUGAUGCCACCACAUUUGAUGGGUCUACAGCACUUCAUGUAGCAGCAGGAAGAGGCUAUACCAAACUCUGUGCCUUACUAAUAGCAGCAGGUGCAGAUCCACACAUCGAGAAUCAUGAGCCACUAAAUGACAAAACUGAUGAAUCUGUUGAUGAUGAUGAUGAUGAUGAAGGUGAUGGUGAUGGUGAUGAUGAAGGAAUCUUUCAUGGUACCACACCGUUAGACAUGGCAGCCUCAGAAGAGGUCUAUGAUAUCCUAAAUGGUAAACCAUACCAACCGAAACCUGCACCAGUAGCUUCUUUCCCACAAGGUGACUUAGGUCAGUUGAAUAUAGAAGCAAGGCUGGAGCUGUGUAAACUGUUGGAGGUACCUGAACCCAAUCUUAACUGGAUGGCUCUCGCUCAGAAACUGGGUCUUGGAAUUUUAAUCAAUGCCUUUAAACUCAGCCAUUCCCCAGCUAAAACACUGCUGGAUAACUAUGAGGUAUGUGGUGGCACUAUCAUGGAGAUUCUGGAAACACUGAAGUCUAUGGGCUACAGCAAAGCAAUUGAUGUUCUUCACAAAGCAAUGGCUAACUCAGCAAGUGCAGAAGCAGACAGGACAAGUAACUCACCAACACCCACUGAACAACCCAACAUUGUUCAGAUUGAUACAAAAUCCCAGCAGUGUGACAGUGUGUGUGACAGUGGAGUGGAGACGUCAUUUAGGAGACUAAGCCACAUGUCAGCAGAAUGUUACAGCAACAACCAGACUUCUUUUGAAUUGUGAACUUUGCGACAAGGAUAUCGGUAGUUGAUUAAUCAGGACCAACCAAAGCAAGUGCAAUUAAUGGAUUUCAACCUAGUUUGUAAUCUGUGAGACCUGCGUUGUUCCAGCUAUUAUUAUUGUCAUAAGACAUUAUUUUAACACAGGUCAGUGCUUCGAUUUAAAGACAAGUUCUCAAACUUAAAUAACUAUUAUUCAAUUCCCCUCAGAUUUGUAUGUAGUUUAUAAAAUACACAUGGACCAAAAAAUUUUCAUUUGCAAACUGAGCAGUCCAAUAUGCUUGAGCUCACCUGUAAAGACCUGAACACACGUCAAGCCUGACAAUCCCAGUGCAGAACUGAGUGUGCUACAUUGUCAGAGGUGCUGUCUCUUGAACAAGAUGUUAAACUCAGGUACCAUCUGUCCUUACUGAAGGAUAUAAAAGCUCCUAUGAAAGAGAAUUGGGUAUCUACCCUCAACUAGACUCUGGUUGUAAUCACACACUUUGUGGGAUUAUGCUGUGUAUCCUACAUAGCACAGUGACUGCAAAGCGCUUUGGAAUACCCUGAGACUGUGCGAGGUGCUAGAGAAAUACAGGUCUGUCUUUCUUAAUACUGAUUAGUAUUAACAGAGAGAAGCUUUUCAAGAGUUUGUCUGCGAUCUUUUCACAUGGCCAUUCAUUUUUUUGCAAAUGCAGAAAAUGAAAACAAUUGAUGGAGUUUUGCUUUGGUAAUCUCUAAGCUGAAUUGUGAUUUUCAUGUUUAAGAAAAAGCUGAUUGUACAUUUUAUCACAGCUUGUUCUCAACAAUCUUAAGUGGAUAUUUGUAAAUAGUCACAGCAGCUUUGGUUGCCUAAAUUAGUCUUUUUAG